GAGAAAAACUAAAAAAAGACACCAUAUUCGAUAAAGAAAAUAAUUCAUUUCAUUCAUUCAUUUCAUUCUAAAAUGUUGGUGAAGUGAAUCAUGGUGUGGUGGAACAAUUUCUCGCUAAAAACUAUAAAUAACAUAUGAGAAACACCUUUUCCCCAAAUAGACAAACAAUAGUAUAACGUUUACAAAUUACUUUAGGAUAAUAAAAUCAAUAAGACAUGGAUGAAUACACUAGAGAACCUUGUCCAUGGCGAAUCCUGGACGACUCUGGCGGUGCUUUCAUCAUGGGAGCUAUCGGAGGAGGAAUAUUUCACUCUAUAAAGGGUUUCAGAAAUGCCCCAAUUGGAUUCAAUAGGAAAAUGCUUGGAAGUUUAGCAGCUAUAAAAGAACGUUCGCCAAUAGUGGCGGGAAAUUUUGCAGUCUGGGGCGGCAUGUUCUCCACAAUUGAUUGCUCAUUAGUGUACCUGAGGCAGAAAGAGGAUCCUUGGAACUCUAUAAUGAGUGGGGCACUCACCGGCGGCAUAUUGGCAGCCAGAAAUGGUGUACCAGCGAUGGCUGGGAGUGCUCUGGUCGGCGGCAUCCUCCUAGCUCUAAUUGAAGGCAUCGGCAUCAUGUUCACAAGACUCACAGCGGAACAGUUCCACCCACAACAGCCCAUAUUCGAAGAUCCCUCUGUAUUAGGGCAGAAUCAGGGGCAAAAUGCGAAUUUCCAGUAGUUUAUUACAAAUAAGGUUAUUACUAGGCAUAUUGUACAGGAUUCAAUUACUUUUUAAAACUUUUUGUUACUACCAGGCACUACACAUUGUAUGGAUAGAAUUAAAACAUUUUUCUAAUGUAGGCGUAAAGUUGUCUUUAUCAAAGUGUAAAGAUCCAUUAAGUCUUUCUUAUUAUCUUUGUGUGCCUGGUAAACUAAUAUUACUUAUAAUCUGUUAAAAUCACCCACCUAAUUCUUCUAAUUUUAUUGGACCAAGAUAAGCAGAUAAUAGUGUACAUGUUGUACUUAUAUUUUUAUUUUACCAUUCAUUCAUGAAUGAUUUACAUGAUAAUGAUCUUUAUUUUAGUAGUUGACUAAUCUCAUCAAUUAAAAUUAAUUGAAUAAGAAAAAGGCUUAAUGUAGUCUGAUGUAUUUGUAUGGAUUAAAAUAUGAGAUUGUUCUCAAGGCUUAGUUUAAAAAAGUAAUAGAAUACUGUACAAUAUCCACUAAGUUGUUACAGAAAUGUAUCAUUUUUCUCAACCAAAUGAACCUUCAUUUACAAAGUGAAUUAUUUGCAUCUGUGAUAUUUACAGUCCCGUACUGAUUGCUUAUAAUUUCACUCAAAUUAGGUUUCUUGAAGGAUACAGACAUCGUGUUAUAUAUUUUGUUUUGAUUGGUAGCCAAUGCAGGAGUAAUUUUAAUUUAAUUAAAAUAUUUGAUGGAAUAUUAUCAAGUUUGCUUUCGACUUAAUUAUUUGUUUCCUUGUAGUCGAAAGUAAUGUGCGAUCUAGAUGUAAAAGCUUUGGUAUUUGAAUAAUCUGUAAAGUAAAUGUUUGUUCCUGUCUUUAGAUUGUCUUGUUACCUGAAGCUGUUCUUCCAUCUGAGCGUUCACAACUAAGAUAAUAUUUUGUCUUAUAUGUUCUUCAAUAGAAGUUAUUAGCCAAUAAAGAUUUUUAUAAAUA